AUGGGAUGGAUUGUCAGCAACGCUCCCUAUAGUUAUCCCGAAGUAAAAGCAGCCCUCUACCCGAUUUAUCGUAACAAAGAAUUGUUACUAAAAAAGAUCGCUCCCUACAAAGCCGAUAUCAUCAAAGAAAAAGCCUGUCAGUCUUUUGCCGUGGAAGCAAGCAACUUUUCAGACAACCGGCAAUAUGAUUCAGCUUAUAAGAUGAUCGACUUCGCCAUGACGAUCGCCAACGCCGUCAAUGAUACAUUUGGCAAAGCCGCUGUUCACCUGUUGAAAGCACAAAUCGACCAGGACCUCGAAAAAUAUGCAGACGCGAUCAAAGAGUGUGAUAACGGUUUAAAAUAUUCCAGGUUGUUUAAGAAUGCCUACGAUACAUCACGCUACAUGGAAUUUAAGGAAAACGAAGCGAGAUUACUGAUCAAGAAAGGAUUUUGCCAGUAUAAGAUUUCAUUGUACAAGGACGCAAAUCGUACGCUGGAAGAAGCCCGCAUGCACCUUGAAAAUAACAAGACCGUCCUGGGCGAAGCACUGUACGCCGGACUACUGGUCAAAAGGGAAGAAUAUGUAGCCAUGAUCAAUUAUAAUGAUGGCAACUAUGUCGCGGCGCUUUCCAGUAUCAGCAAUGCCAUAUCCAUCAAUGACAGGGUAAACAGCACAGAUUCCCGUGCACGGAACGCUUAUAACUAUUGGUUGAAAGGGAAGAUCUAUAACCAGCAAAAAAAUUCAACGGACGCGUUAUCGGCCUUCAGCCAGUCAAAAAGUAUUUAUGCAGGAAGGAACGAUGAAUUGAACAUGGCCAUCGUGCUCAAUGAAGUAGGAUAUACUUAUUAUAAUCUUGCCGAAUACAGGAAAAGUAUUGCCUGCCUCGAUACCGCUUACCAGCGUUUAUAUUCACUUAAGGAUUACAAUUCUGCCGGUUAUUCAAAAUCACUGACGGGUAAUUGUUAUUGGGAAAUGGGAAUGUAUGAUUCCGCCAUCAGUGCCCACCAAGAAGCUAUUUCGCUUCGGAAAGACAAUGAAUCCGGGCUUGCCUAUUCAUGGGAACAACUAGGAAGCCUGUACAAACUAAGCGGUUUGAAAGAUAAAGCCAUGGACGCGUACAAGGAAGCACUAAUGCAUAACCGCCAGCUUGGCGAUAGCACCGGUGUAGCGGGUAUUUUCAAGGAACUGGGUAUCCUUUACCACAACGAUGAGUUUUACUCGAUGGCAGUUUCCUUUUAUGAACGUGCGGCUAAGAUUACACCGGAAGUGCCAACCUAUGCACUUUAUAACCUCGAUAAAGACUCUGCUAAUGGCAAUAAUGGUAAAUUGACGAUGGACGAGAUCGAAGAGCUCGAUAUUGAAGGUUGCGACCUUGUCACCCUUUCUGCUUGUGAGACUGCAGUGUCGAUACAGCGGAAGGCCGGAAUGUGGCGGACAACUACUAUCUCUGGAAUAACGGAGAGACGAUCACUGUCAAGUUCGUCGGUGGUGGUAGCCCGACAUUGCGGAGAAAAGUGA